AUGGGAGGCCCAGGGUCCGUGGUGAUCGGAGGAAGAAUGGGGCGGAGAGGGAGCCGAGCCCCCCCCCCCGCAGCCAAUGGCGGGAGGGAUGAAUGGCCGCCGCGGCUGGUGGCUCCGGGCCCGGGUUGGGCGCUGUACGCGGCGGCCUGGCUUUCAGGCCUGGUCCUGGCUCAGGCCGCGGCCUCAGGAGGGAGCGCGUCGAUCGUGGAGGAUGUCGUCUACCAGUAUUUUGGGGCAAAGAGCUUUUGCUACAAAAACACCCUGGUGCCCGGAUGGAGAGAGAUCUGGACUCGGUUACGGAUCCGAGUGAACAGCUCCCAGGAGUUUAAAGUGAAGGAGUCGGAGGAUGUGACACAGCUGCAAAGCCCCGGGGUCUGGGGUUGGUUCACGGAGGUGGUGUCGUUGAUGUUGAAGGAGAGAGUCAACGAAACCCACAUCAACGUCGACCUGUUCAGCAGCAAAACCUGCUUCAGAGUGGAGCCGAACAACGCGAGCGCGGUGUAUCGUGUGCUGCUGGCACGCCGCUUUGAUCCGCAACUCAUUGCCAUCUUUGUCUGUGGGUUGUUGCUGUUUUUCUACGCCGAAGCUUUAAGCAGGAGCCAGCUUUUCUUCUACACCUCAGGAAUCAGUGUGGGAAUAUUGGCCUCCCUCAUCAUUGUCAUCUUUAUCCUGUCACGCCUUCUGCCCAAGAAAAGCUCGCUGUACCUGCUGAUAGCUGGCGGCUGGUCUCUCUCGCUCUACCUAAUCCAGGUCACACUGAGGAACCUGCACUUUCUGCUACGGGAGCAUUGGCAGUACGUGUUGGGUUACGUGAUGGUGUCCGGCCUGCUCAGCUUUGCCGUGUGCUACAAAUACGGGCCGCUGCAGGAGAAGCGAAGCAUCAACCUGCUGAACUGGGGGCUGCAGCUGCUGGGCUUGGGGCUGAUGUACUGCGGGAUCCAGGUCCGACAGGUGGCCCUGGUACUGGUAGCCGUCGCCUUCGUCACCAAGCACCUGGAAGUCCCAGUCAGUUGGACCGUGCUGGCGUACAAGCGGGUGAGUAGGAUUCGGUUCAAGCUCGAGCCUCCUGCGCUGCUCACCGAGGAGGAGUAUCGUCAGCAAGGGGAGGUAGAGACCCAGCGCGCCCUGGAGGGACUGCGCGGGUAUUGCAGCAGCCCCGAAAUCAAUGCCUGGAAAACCGUGUCCCGACUCUCUGCCCCAAAGAGAUUCGCUGACUUCGUGGAAGGACAAGCACACCUGAACCCCAACGAGAUCUCGGUGCACGAGCAGGAGUACGGGCUGGGGGGCACCUACAUAGAGGAGCAGAUCUUUGACUCCGAGGGAGAGGACUGACCAAGCGGGCCUCGCGAGCAGGAAACGGGCAGGCUGCGGGCUAGUGCCCCCGAGCCCUCACAUCGAGUCAGCUCGACAACAAACCUCGCCAUCUUUCGUGUCACUGACUCCCUCAGGGCCAUACGCCGGGUUAUUGCGUCGAUGGGUUGGCAGAGGCUUCAGUCACUGUGAGGUCAUUGUCACCAGCUCUGGUCCGUGAGGCUUGGGACGGUUUGCAACCUGGUAAUAAGUUCCUGUCUCUGCAGAAACUCAACCUACACGUCAGCUCAGUCAGCUGUGACUUUAUUUUUUUUUAAAAUGAUGCAAAUGCAUAUAGAUAUAGAUAUAUAUAUAUAUAUAUAUAAAUUUGCACUGUUUUUUCCGAGUGUUCACACUGUAAAAUGCAGUGACUGGAUUUUGUGGGUGAAACCCGGCAACCAAUUGCGCACAGCGGCGUCCCCGUUUAGAUUUCUCCUCCUGUGCGCGUGUCGAGCAUCUAUGCAAAGGGUUUAAAAGGCCAUUAGGGCUCCUCUUAAACCGUGACUGAAGUUUAAGGUGAACCUUUUUUUGGUCGGCUUUGGUUCUGUCUCUAUCGUGGAUUUGCUUUCUUAACGAGGAGCAGCUCCAGCGAGAUUCCAGACUGCAGUUGAGCCGCGUUACUGCGCCAGAGACCGCAAAGGCUGUCGAAUGUAACCGUAAUAUCCUCACGUAUUAAAAUGUCCCCCCCCAAAAAAAAUGCUGGAAAUCUGAAAUAA